GCUACCACACAGGCGCGCUCACUUUAGGUCACAUGACCAGCAGAUAGCCUAUGAGGUUAUGGCUGAUUUUCACUUUCACUUUACCUCAGAAGGAGACGCGGAGAGUCCGCUAUCUUGAAAGACCUUUCUCCCUCAUCCAGAGCAGGAGAAGCUGCGUCUGCUACUGUGUAAUCCCAGGAGACCAAGGUGAACAGGAACCACCGUACCGAAUACAGCUACCGAUCCUCGGCCAUAAAGACCACCCGGGUGAAGAAGCCGCUCCUGCUGCUGUACGAUCCCAGGAGGCCGAGGUGGACCGGAACCACCACACCGAAUAAACAUACCGAUUCUCUGCCAUUAAGACCACACAGCCAUGGCGUCUGCUGAACUGAGGGACGAGCUGGUCUGCUCCAUCUGUCUGAACAUUUUUACAGAUCCUGUAACCCUGGGAUGUGGACACAACUUCUGCCGGGGCUGUAUUGAUCAUUUCCUGAAUACACAGGUCAGGGCUCCACACUAUUCCUGCCCUGAAUGUAGAACAGUGUUUCAUUGGCGGCCUGAACUGCAGAGGAACAGAAAUCUGCAUAAUGUAGCAGAACAUUUCCGGUCUUCUCAGCCACCUCAGGAGGAGGUCACCAGGAUCUGCUGCACUUACUGUGUGGAUUCUCCUGUACCUGCUGUAAAGUCCUGUCUGCACUGUGAGACUUCUCUAUGUGAUGAUCACCUGAAAGUUCACAGUAAGUCACCAGAACACGUCCUGACUGAUCCCAGCACUUCCCUGGAGAACAGGAAAUGUUCUGUCCAUAAGAAAAUUCUGGAAUAUUACUGCACUGAGGAUGAUGCUUAUAUCUGUGCCUCCUGUCUGAUUGAAGAACACAGUGGACAUAAGAUUCUGUCUCUAAAAGAGACAUCUGAGAAAAAAAAGAGUAAAAUGAGAAAAGUUCUGCAGAACCUGACCACAAAGAAACAGCAGACUGAGGUGAGGGUCCAGAGUCUGCAAAAACGCAAGAGAAUAGCGCAAAGAAAAGCAACUGGAAGAGCCGAAAGAGUCACUCCCCAGUUUAUAGCCUUCAGGAAUCUGGUGGACAACCUGGAGAUGAGGGUCCGGAAUGAGCUCUCCAGGCAGAAAGAACAGCCAUUACUAUCUCAUACGAUCGAGCAGCUUGAAAGAAAGAAGGACGAGCUGUCCAGGAAGAUGAGACACAUUGAGGAGCUGUGUAACAUGGCGGAUCCACUGACUGUCUUACAGGAUCCAGACACAGGUGACUUGUGUGAUCCUGAGGAGGAAGGAGGAGGCGAUGAGGAUGCAGGGGGACAUAAGACACAUGAUGUAGAUGGGGAGGUGCUUACAAGGAUGUUACAUGUAGGUAUCGUGGAUAUGAUAACAUAUCUACAGACCAUUUCACCUUCAAUUGAACAAAAGAGGAAGCGCCACCGCGGAGAUCAAUCUUCCCUUAGUCACACACAAGGUUCACCUGUGUCGGGUACAGAAUAUGAAGGCAAUAGUGUCAUAGUCAGGACUGGGGGUUUCGAAGGGCAGGGAACAGCAGCAGGAGAAGGGAUCUAUGGGCAGGGUCCGGUAGAUAUAUUACUAGAUGUAAACACGGCUGCAAAUGAUAUUCUUUUAUCAGAUGACCUAAAAAAUGCAACCUGGACAGAUACAAACCAGAAUCGUCCAGAAACAGCAGAGCGAUUUCAGUAUUCUCAGGUGAUGAGCAGCCAGAAAUUUACCUCAGGUCGACAUUAUUGGGACUUGGAGGUCAGUAGCUCAGGGGUGUGGAGGGUGGGGAUGUGUUAUCCCAGUAUAGACAGGAGGGGAGGUCAGUCACUCAUCGGACACAAUAAAAAGUCCUGGUGUUUGUGGGGAGGGGAGGUGAAUACUCAGGAGUGUUCAGUGAUGCAUAACGGUAAGGAGGUCGAGUUACCUCACCAGAUCUGCAGUGAUAGAGUAAGGAUCUGUCUGGAUUAUGAGGUCGGAGAGCUGUCGUUUUAUGAGAUACGUGACACUUUCCUUCACAUACACACCUACAAGACCACUUUCGUUGAGCCCCUUCAUGCUGCAUUAUAUGUAUAUGAGAGUUCUGUAAAGAAAAUGGAGAGCAGCAGCUAUGAGGAGCUAUUUAUCCGAUUCACCCCUGCCCCCUACAUUCAGAAUUCAAAUACUGCUGUUACUGUGGCCUGGUGGACCACAACAGUAAUAGAGCAAAGACUGGAUAUAGCUCUGGAUAUUGACGUUGAAGACACGGCACCAUUUUCUUUUGUCACCACCAUGCUGCUGAAGUCCUGGACACUCGAUGUGCUGCUUGUGCCUGGAGAUGCUCUUGGGUGCCUCGUCCUUCUCACAUCUGGGACUUUGGUGGAUGCAAAGGUGUCCCUGCUUCGCUGCAAGUCCAAUGAGAAAUCAGAGAAAAUGGACACCUUAACAUUGUUGGAGAGGUGUCCCUUGUGCUGCUGCAGCCUGAGAGUAUGUGUUUGCUGCAGCAUGGCCAGCGCCAUCUUGCUUUUCAGUGCAGGGGAAAUCUUGCAGCCUCUCUACCACAGAACGGUCCUAUCCCAGAUGCUGAUCGGGUUUAGGCGGCAUAUUGCGGCUACUGGAGCUGGUUACGGGUUUCAAGGAAUACAGGAUACUGUGCAGGAGAGCUGGCACACCAGAAGAGACAGGAAGAGGAGGACGAAGAUGAUGACCAUAUACUACAAAGAAGGAUGUCCUCGUAGACUCAGAAUCUUUGUGAUUGUAAGAGAACUCGGCCCAAGAGUAUUUCCUCUCAGCAGGCGAAAAGGUCUUGGAGAAGAAACCACAGGUUACAGUCUUGCUCUUGGAGGAUUUUUGAUUCAGGAUGGUGCCAGCUCCUACGGACGAUGUGUCCACUUCCAAAUAGAAAGGUUUCUCUGGAUCAGUCUUGUAGAUACUGAAGACAUGGCGUCUGCAGAUCUGAGAGACGAACUGCGCUGCUCCAUCUGCCUGAACAUCUUUACAGAUCCUGUAACCCUGACGUGUGGACACAACUUCUGCCAGGCUUGUAUUGAUAAUUGCCUGUAUACACAGCGAGCCUCUCGGGCCUCUCGGGCUUAUUCCUGUCCUCAGUGUAGAGCAAAGUUUCCUGUGCGGCCUGCACUGAUAAAGAACAUAACAUUACAGAAUGUAGCAGAACGUUUCCUAUCUAGUCAGGAGGAGAUCACCGGGAUCUGCUGCACUUAUUGUAUUUACUCUCCUGUACGUGCUGUGAAGUCCUGUCUGCACUGUGAGGCCUCUCUGUGCGAUGACCAUCUGAGAGUUCACAGUAAGGAAGCAGAACAUGUCCUAAUAGAACCCAGCAAUUCCCUGCAGAAUAGGAAAUGUUCUGUGCAUAAGAAAAUCCUGGAAUAUUAUUGCACUGAGGACGCUACUUGUAUUUGUGUGUCCUGCUGUCUGAUUGGAGAACACAGUGGACAUAAGAUGGAGUCUCUAGAAGAGACUGCUGAGAAUAAGAAAAACAAAAUGAGAAACUUUUUGCAGAGACUGGUCACAAAAAGAGAGAAGACUGAGGAAAAAGUCAAGAAUCUGAAGGAGCGAAAGAAAAAAGCUCAAGAGAAAGCAGCAGGAGAAACAGAGAGAGUCACUGCCCUGUUUUUACACGUCAGGCGACGACUGGACGACCUGGAGAAGAAGGUCCUGAGUGAGAUCUCCAGGCAAGAAAAGGAAAAGUCACUGUCACUGUUUGUUCUGAUCCAUCAGCUGGAAAUAAAGAAGGACGAGCUGUCCAGGAAGAUGAGACACAUUGAGGAGCUGUGUAACAUGACGGAUCCACUGACUGUCUUACAGGAACCAGACACAGGUGACUUGUGUGAUCCUGAGGAGGGGGGAGGUGAUGAGGACACAGAGGGACAUAAGUUACAUGAUGUAGAUGUCUUUGGAAUUACAGGGAUGUUACAUGAAGGUUUUUCUGAUAUAAUGACAUAUCUACAGACCAUCUCACCUGCAAAACCAGGAAACAAGCGGAAACGCCAUGACAGGGACGAAUCCCCACCCAGUCACACACAAACCUCACCUGUGUCAGGUAUAGAACAUGGGAGUGAUAACGUGAAAGUCAGAUCUGGGGUUGUUCAAGGGCAGGAAACUGCAGCAGAAGGGAUGUAUGGGCAGGGUCCUGCAGACAUAUUACUAGAUGAGAACACGGCUGGAAAUUCUCUUCUUAUAUCAGACGACCUAAAAACUGCAACCAGGGCACAAGAGAAGCAGAAUCGUCCAAAAACAGAAGACAGGUUCCAUGGUUAUCAGGUGAUGAGCAGCAGUAGAUUUUCUUCAGGACGACAUUACUGGGAUGUGGAGAUCAGUAUAUCAAGGACUUGGAUAGUGGGGAUGUGUUAUCCCAGUAUAGACAGACAGAGAGGUCACUCAUGCAUUGGACAUAAUAACAAGUCCUGGGGUUUGUGGGGAGGACAGAUGUAUAAUAAUGAGUGUUUAGUAAUACAUGACAAUACAGAGUUCCUGCUACCUCACCAAAUUACCAGUAAUAGAGUCAGGAUCUGUCUGGAUUAUGAGGCUGGGGAGCUGUCCUUUUAUGAGCUGUGUGACCCCAUCAUUCACAUAUACACCUUUACCGCCACCUUCACCGAGCCCCUUCAUGCUGCAUUAUAUCUAUGUGAUGGUUCAAUAAAGAUAUUAGGGGGAGGAGCAGCUGUGAUGACCAUUCAUUGAAGAAGUCAACCCGGAGCAGAAUCUGAUUGGUGGAGCAUUUAUUCUAUAGGAUAUCUCAUAGGAAGAACCAGAAGAGCGUGUUGGAAUUAAACAAGACAUUAAUGACAAUAAAGUACUGUAUAUUAAAGAAAAAAUAUAUAAAAACAGACACACGGUUAUUUAUCAAGCUUCAAAAGUUAUAAGUUUGAAUCUUCAACAAUAGGGCAUUUUAGAGAACAAAAGUUUUAAUUUCCAGACAGAAUAAUGGUUGGGAGAGAACUGAUGGCUGACUUUCUAGAACUGAUAUAUGUACGUAGGUUUGUGACAUAUGUUCUAGCUUCAGCAGUAUUAUAUUGAUUUUGCACAUAAUUAGAUUUAGAAACCUCUUUAUACUUCACAGACACAAGUCUGAGACCACUGUUAAAUUGGGAUUGAAUAUGCAUUUUCCCACAAUUUUUGGGGUGUAAAACUAAAUACACAUACACAUUUACAUGUUGAUUUGGUAUUCAGUGUUAACCAGAUCAACCAUUACAAUGUUCUUUAUUAUAUCUCCAUUGCUAAAGCCUGGAUUUUUUGUGUUUAUAAUAAAGUUUUGACCGAAUAUUUCAA